GGUUGUGAUCCAUUUCAUGAUACACUGACAGGUCCUAGCUAAAAGCGGUGCAUCUUUUUGUGAACACAUUGCAGUGCAAUUUUUGUACAGUGAGUGCCAGAAAUAAGGCCGAUAGGUUAUAUAAUAUUACAUAAUCGUGUAUCUCUCUCGAGCAUCUUUGAGAUAUCACAGACCUGCAUGAACGCUCUAGCUCUAUGUAUAUAUACGGGAGGUAUUAUUAUAUUGGAUACAGCAUUCCCUAGCUUUGAUCGCUGCGAAGAUUCUGAUCAUCGGUUCCUUCAAAUUUUCAAUACCUUAAUACAACCUGCACACUGGUACAUACACUCGGUUACGAGUUCUCUCAUUCUUUAUUUACUAUUUCAAAAUCAUCAGUGGAUGGAUAUCCAAUAUGAAUAUAUCUCGCAGAGUAGGAUCCGAAGUAUGAUCUAUAGGCGUAGAAUGCAGAAGAGGUGAAUUGCAGAUUCAUUGAAAGUUGUGAUCCUUCCUAUAUGCCAUUACCAUUCGCGAAUUAAUUUCGUAAAUGGUCGAGAUGGCUACGUGACCACUUUCUCUAUCGAACCGAUGUCGACAGCGCCAAAUAUAUUCUUCGUCUACUAUCCAUUGACUUUUACAUGAAAGGAUCUACCAUCCAAUAUACAUGCAUGUAUAAUGGGUUUGUGUUUCACGGACGUAGUAAUGGAUAAUUUCAUUUGAAAUGUUUGACUUGGGAGGUACUGAUCUGAUUAGCAGUUAAUCUUCAUCACCCUUGAUCUUCAUCGUUGUAACCCCAAUUUGAGCAUUACUACAUUAAUUAUUAUGCACGUAUAGUGCCAAGAUAGACUUGAUUAAUAUAUAUCCAAUUGAACAACAUGAAUGAAGAGGAAGCAUCAAGAAAAUGGUACUCAGUCCGGAAGGAUGAUUUCAAGUUAACGUGUGAUUGUAUUGAUGAGGUUUUAAAACAACAUGGUCGUAUUCCUUUCAUCAUUUACGCUAUCUACCGUUUGGUUUUGGCUCUAUACUUCUUCACAUUCCUUAUCUUCUUUGGCGUAAGCAGUGCCGAAUUUCUUGGAGUCAAAUUCCUCAUCUACCUGACCGAUUGGACGUACAUAUUAGCGACACUUUAUCUUAUAGUUGCUUGUUUCAACACCAUCGCGACCACGAGCUGUUACUGCAUUGGUGGCUGCAUAGGAAAGGGCGUUGUAAGGAAUCAGUUUCAGUGGCUCCUGCUUAACAUAUCCGCGACGGUAUCCAUGAUUGUCACCGUCGUCUACUGGACAGCACUCCGCCCUUUCAUGAACGAAAAACUCCCAAUCUAUCUCGACAUCACCAUCCAUCUCUUACCCGCCAUCAUUUGCCUCGUCGACAUCCUCCUAACUACUGUUAUCGUCCGCUUCGUCCAUGUCGUAUACCCGUUCGUCUACCUCUUCAUCUACCUCCUCUUUGCCGUGAUUUACUGGGCGGCAGGUGGAACAGAUCCCGCUGGAAAUCCCUUUAUAUACCCUAUCAUUGACUUUGGAAAUUAUCCCGGGAUCGCCGUAGCGUCAGUAUUCGGGGUUUGUUUGGCAACGUUACUGGCACAGGCGGCGUUGAAGGGUUUAUACGCGUUGCGCCAUCGUUAUAUUGACGAACUUAGACUAACUGGAACAAUAUCUCAUCACAGUCAUGAAGUGUUAGAAGUUCAGCUUGAAGAUCAAAGCUGAAGUAAACAAAUCCGUAAACCCUAACUGAUAUCAAACAAUAAUUAAUCUUCGAGAAUGCAAGUCAUCUUACAUAUAUUUUUAAUGAAUUUACAUAAUGGAGUACAACCUUGCAUUCUGCACGUUUAACGUUACAUAAUUAUACAUGUAGUAUGUAAUUCGAAAGUCUGAAAAGCACGAGCUGUUUUUCAUAAAUGAAAAUACAGCGUUUAAAACGGAAAUAAUGAAGAUUAUUCAGUCUGCGUAAAAAAAAAUAUCACCAGAACUCAUUGUGAAGUUAAAUUGACAACGCUUCGUUAGAAUGAGACGGGAUGAAAGGGUUAUUGACUCUUAUUCCUGCUGUUGCUGUUGCUGCUGCUGAUGAUAAUAUAAUGAUGAUGAUUUUUUAGAUAAUGAGGAUGAUAAGGAUAAUGGCGUCGAUAUGAUAAAGACAAUAAUGAUGACGAUGGUGGUGGUGGUGGUGGUGGUGAUGAUGAUGAUGAUGAUGGUGGUGGUGGUAGUGAUGAUGGAUGAUGAUGAUCAAUGGCAUACCGUGGGUCACGGCAUUGGUCAGGCACAAGCAAAAAUUUUAAGUCACUUAGUGGACGCGCAAAGCGCGCUCAAUUGCCAGGUAAACUGACCUAAUAUAGACAUUUUAAGGACUGUCCCAUUAAACGGAUAUGUACCUCACUGAUCAAAUAAUGCAAGCGCGAAGCACAAACUGAAAAUUCUCCACUUGCCAUAGGUCAAAACUAGUUUUCGGCUAAAUACAUUUGUUUAUACAGGGCCAAAAUUAUGGAACUCCCUUCCUUCUUCAUUGAAGCAAUCAGUUAGCCUUAGUGUUUUUAGAAACAAGUUAAAUACCGAUUUACUGAAGAAAUACUUAAAUCAGUAAACGAAUGCCUGCUUGUUAUAUCUCGUCUAACUUUAUAAAUUGUGAAAUUGUGUUCAAAAUUUAGAAUAACUCAUUAGCUGUGAUUAAAAAUUUGAAACAUUAUUCAAAAUCA